AUCCAGAUCUUUUAUCUUCUAUUUACUAUCCCAUUUUAUUUAUUAUACUUGUAUCGAUAUGGCAAAACCCAUAUACAUCAUCACAUCACUACCUUAGCAUUAUUUAAAAUAAUCCUCACAGUCUUGCUAUGCUUAAUCAUGGUUGCUGAUUUAGUCAUACGAAUUAUUCAUUCGAAAACUUAUAUUAUUUCAACGAUUUUAUUUCCCGCACUUCUUGUUGUAUCUUACGCUCUUAUGUCUUUCUUAUUGUAUUACGAGAGGCUGAAAGGGAUAUGGUCUUCAGGUUACACCUUCAAUUUUUGGGUUCUGUGCUCUUGCUACCUUAUCGUAUACAUUUGGUCAAGAAGUAUAUAUAUGGAAAAAUCGGUCCUUACAGAAUUUUUCCAGUAUACCCUUUACAUAAUGCAGUUGGCCAUAGUUAUUCUCCAAAUAAUUCUGCAUUGUUUCAAUGCUAAAAGUCGAUCCAGAUUUGACGAUAAUAAAUUCUUAUUCUUGAAUAAGAAAUUUCGAACCGGACGCCUUUCUUCAAAACAUAAAGCUCAAAAAUCAGAAGAAAACAUUAAACUUACUUCAAAAUCAAAAGAUGAAACCUCUCUGAAAACAUGUCCUGAAAUAUACGCUUCGUUUUUAUCGAGAAUUUCUUUUUGGUGGGUUAACAAAUUAGUCUUAUAUGGUAGCAAAUGUCCUCUGACAAAAUUGGAUUUGUGGCAGUUGGCCGAUAAAGAUAGCUCGUUGAAACUUUGUUCAUUAUUCGAUAAACAUUGGUACCACUAUAUAGACAAGUUUGAACAGAAAGUCCAAAAAACCUUAUGCGUUCAUAAUCGUCUCCCGACCAAUAAAUCCACUCGAAUGCAUAAAAAUCCUGAAAUAGGCAUCUAUAAAACUUCCACUAGCCAAAAAUUACUGCGAGGUGCCAAGGCAUUUGAUGAAAAUUCGCCAAAACCCCAAUUUCAUUCAGAAGAUGAGUCAAUUAAACUCAAUCCAUCAUUGACAUUCGUUUUAUUUUGCUGCUUUAAAAGUAUUAUAUGUCAAAGUAUACUUUACAAACUCGUCAGUGACUUGCUCAUCUUUCUUAGUCCUCAGAUAUUAAAAUAUCUAAUAUCUUUCGUGAACUCCAAAAGCCAGUCUUUAUGGAUUGGCGUAUUUUAUGCUAUCACAAUGUUAGCCGCAGUUAUCUUACAAACCAUAAUCCUUAAUCAAUAUUUUCAAAUUGUAUUUGCGAUAGGUAUGCGCAUCAAAACCAUUCUAAUUUGUGCCGUUUACAAAAAAGCUUUAAGACUCUCUAAUUCUGCCCGCAAAACAUCCACGGUUGGUGAAAUAGUUAAUCUGAUGUCAGUGGACACUCAAAAGGUAUCGGAAGUAUGCUCCUAUGUUAGUUUAUUAUGGAGUGGCCCUUUUCAAAUAGGUAUUUGCAUGAUAUUUUUGUGGAAUAUCCUCGGACCUUCCGUUUUAUCUGGUCUGUUGGUUAUGGUUUUAUUGAUACCACUAAACGCGGUUAUGGCUAACAAGAUAACACAGCUUCAAGCUAGCCAAAUGAAAUUGAAAGACGAACGUAUCAAGAUUAUGAACGAAGUUUUAAACGGGAUAAAAGUGAUUAAAUUAUACGCUUGGGAACUAUCAUUCGAAGAUAAAAUUCUUAAAAUACGUAAUAAAGAAGUGGACAUACUCAAAAAAAUAGCAUUCUUAUUGGCUUAUUUCUCCUUCAUUUGGUGUUGUGCUCCUUUCUUAGUAUCAUGCGCGACUUUUGCCACCUAUGUUUUAAGCAAUCCCGAACAUAUAUUGGAUGCCGAGAAGGCUUUUGUGUCUUUAGCUUUGUUCAAUCUUUUGCAUUUCCCACUAUCCAUGUUUCCCAUUAUUAUAACCUUCACGAUAGAGGCUAGAGUAUCCUUAAAACGGCUAUGCAGAUUUUUACUCCAAGAUGAAAUAGAACCCAAUUGUGUCAUCAGAGAAACCCUUAAUACGAAUGAUACUAACAAUGAUGUAAUCAUCGUGAAAAACAGCAACUUCGCUUGGGAUUUCCCCAAAGGUUCCCAGAUCGAAGAUACUCCUGAAUUAACAACCGAAGCGCACAAAGUAGGAAAAGUGACGAAAGGGAACGGCGAUACUAUUUUUCAGUUAAACGAUUCAGCUAUUAGUCUUAACAACAAAUAUAAUAAUUAUAACAGUCCAGUGCUCAAAAAUUUAAAUUUUACCGUAGAGAAAGGUCAAUUGGUAGCCAUCGUUGGAGCUGUAGGUUCAGGUAAAAGUUCUCUACUUUCCGCACUUCUUGGGGAGAUGAAGAUUGUUAAUUCGACGAACUUUCAAAGGGAGAUUAAAGAGAACAUAUCCUUUGCCACCAUUUCACAUCCGAUGGUAAAAAUCCGAGGAUCAGUAGCAUACACCUCCCAACAGCCCUGGAUCCGAAAUGCUAACCUUCGUGAUAACGUCACCUUCGAAGCACCCUUCCCGUUCGACUCUCUCGCAUAUAUACAGGCCUUACAAACCUGCGACUUGAUCAGAGAUCGCGAUUACCUACUGCCAAAUGGGGAUGACACCGAGAUUGGGGAAAAAGGCGUAAAUCUUUCAGGCGGCCAAAAGCAAAGACUUUCACUAGCCAGGGCGGUUUAUCGAAAAAAAUUAAUUGACAUUUACUUAUUCGACGACCCUUUGAGCUCGGUAGAUGUCCACGUAGGAAGACACAUUUUUGAGAACGUACUGGGACCCAGCGGGGUGCUUAAACAUAAGACCCGCUUAUUGGUUACCAACGCAUUCCAUAUACUUCCCGAGGUAGACAGAAUAUUGGUCAUGAAGGAUGGGAUUAUAGUUGAACAGGGGACUUAUACGGAACUCUCAGCUAAAAAUGAAGGUGUUUUUGCCAAAAAUUUAAAAAAUUUCAUGAGUUCACGAGCGGGGUGGGAUGAAACUAACAAUGAAACGAUUAUUUGUGAAGGCGGCUUGAUGAAUAAUUCAAAUGGCGAUUUAAACAAUUUUGGCAAAGCGACUCAGACUGCUGCAAACGGAGAGAAGGCGAAUACCGAUGAUUCAUCAUUGCGCACAUCAACCACCUUAUUGAUAAAAAAUACGGGCCAGGUUACCUCUCAAACAGAAACCUUAAGAGAUUCAUUAUUAUCGCUAGAAUUAGGGAUCCCUGGUAUCGAAUCUAGCGGAUUGUUGAGUGAAGAUUUAGAAAAAGAAAAAAGCGAUGGUCAUAACACACCUGAUAUGGUUAGGAAACGAUUAGGAAGUAAAGAAAAGAUCUUUGAAGAAGUGAAACGAGAAAAUGGCGGAGGAUGGAUGACAACUGAAAUUUCAGAGACUGGAAGAGUUAAAAUUUCUCUAUACCUAACCUACUUCAAAGCCCUGAAAUACCACAUUUUCGCCCUAGCGAUUCUUCUGUUCGGCGUUUAUUACGCACUUUCGGUAGCUGCCAAUUUUUGGCUCAGUGACUGGAGCGAUGAUAAACCUAUUAUGAUUAACGGAACUGCAUAUCAAAACAUUCCUCUCAGAAAUAAACGCUUAGGAGUUUACGCUCUGUAUGGAUUCUUGCAAGGCAUCACAAUAAUGGCGAGCAUUGUAAUUGUCGCCCUGUCAAUGGUAGCCGCUUCCAGAUAUUUACACCAAAAAUUAUUAAGAAAUAUUCUUCAUUCACCUUUGUCAUUUUUUGAUAGCACUCCUCUAGGAAGGAUAGUUAAUAGAUUCUCUAAAGAUUUGAACACAAUAGACAAUAGCCUACCUCCUACCAUACGCUCAUGGCUCACUAAUUUUUACGCCGUACUAACCACACUAUUAGUUAUAUGCUGGAGCACUCCUAUGUUUUUGAUCUCGGUCGUACCUUUAGCCAUCAUUUAUUUCUUCAUUUUGAAAUUUUACAUACCUACUUCUCGCCAGCUCAAACGGUUAGAAUCCAUAUCCACAUCUCCUAUAUAUUCCCAUUUUCAGGAAACUUUGCUAGGAGCUUCCACUAUUAGAGCCUUUGGAGUUAUGGAUAAAUUUAUAACAGAAUCGUAUAGACUCGUGGACCAAAAUCAAAUGUGCUAUUACCCUAGUCUAGUAUCUAAUAGAUGGCUGGCAGUCCGACUCGAGUUCAUAGGUAGUUUUAUCGUAUUCUUCGCUGCGCUAACCAUAGCUCUCAACAGAGAUAACAUUAAACCGGGCCAAGCUGGACUGGCGUUAAGCUAUGCUCUUAGUGUAACCCAAGCUCUUAAUUUGCUAGUUAGAAUGACUUGUGAUUUGGAAACUAAUAUAGUCGCUGUGGAGAGGAUUGCCGAAUACUCUGAUACCCCUACAGAAGCCCUCUGGAUAAUUCCUGACCAUAAACCGCCUGCUGAUUGGCCCUCUAGAGGCUCCAUUGAAUUUUCUCAUUACACCAUGCGGUAUCAUUCGGCGGCCAUGAUCGCUUCUGCCCUACCUCCGGCACUCAACGAUAUAUCCUUCCAAGUGCAGGCUGAAUCUAAGGUGGGAAUUGUGGGGCGCACUGGAGCCGGAAAAUCUAGUAUAACAGCAGCCCUGUUUCGCAUAGUGGAGGCUGACGAUUCUUCCACAAAUUUUAUGGAAAACGAAAUUUACAAAGUUUCUAAAACCCCGAAAAUAUCUAAGAUAUACGUUGAUGGAAUUGAUAUCAGUAAACUCGGGUUACACGAUAUUAGGAGUCGGAUUACUAUAAUACCUCAGGAUUCAAUCCUAUUUUCUGGCACCCUACGGUUCAAUCUGGACCCAUUUAACGAAAAAACGGACAUCGAAGUAUGGGAAAGUUUGAGAAACGCCCACUUACACUCUUUCGUAUCUAAUUUGCCCCUAGGAAUCGAUCACGAAAUUGCUGAAUACGGGGAAAAUUUGAGUUUGGGACAACGACAGCUAGUUUGCUUAGCCCGGGCCUUGCUGAGAAAAUCCAAGAUUCUCGUUCUGGACGAAGCCACGGCGGCUGUUGAUUUGGAAACAGAUGAGCUCAUUCAAAAGACCAUUGUUGAUAAGUUUGCACAUUGUACGGUCCUCACUAUAGCUCACAGACUCAAUACCAUCAUCGAUUACGAUAAAAUCCUUGUACUCGAUCAUGGGAGAAAUGUUGAAUUCGAUAUUCCUUCAAAUUUAUUGCAAAAUAAACGUGGCCAAUUUUAUGGAAUGUGUCUGGAAGCUGGUCUCACAAAUUAGAGCAAUUUCAUCUAACCAUCACUAUAUAACAUUAUUAAUAUAAUUUAUUUAAAGUUAUAUGACCUUAAAAGAAUCUGCUAGAAAAAUUUUUUCAAGUUAUUCCCAUAUUAUUACAAUAUUUUAUUCUUCGGAACCAUUCAAAAAUUCCUCUAAAUCUAAAUGUCACACCUUUCUUUUUAGUAAUUUUAUAAACUUCAACAGCUGUUAAAUUACACCUAACAUAAAAUUAUAUCAAGUCAUUAUUCAUUAAA